AUGUUUCGCGAGGAGCGCGCUCGCAACCAUGACUUUGAGAGAGAUGACGAUGAGCAAGCCUGUAAACUUUCAUGUACUCUAGAGAAUAAUGCCACUGAGACUGGAUGUCGUCCUCCGAUCCACCGCCGUUCUGGGAAUCCAGCCCCUUCAAAUAGUCUGACAGGGUCCAGCAGCACUUUUGCUGGACUCUCAUCCCAGGAAGGUCGGUGUUCAGCCGAAUCAGUAGCAUCUGAGACUGAUAGCCAGUGCGUUGGUAGAGAGCCCAAUGAUUUGCCAUGCUUAGCUGACGAGCCAAAGAUGUUUGAAGAAGCCGGAUUGAAAUGGCGUCUGAUUGAGGAUCGGCGUCAACGUCGCGUUGCACAGCCGGGGGGUGCCCAUAGAUUUCUUGGCUUAAAGGAGCGGCGCCCUAGUAAGUUGUCUAGCCUUGAUUCUUAUCUGUUUAGUCUACAUCUUGUCAAUUGGUUUGUUUAA